GUAUGUUGCAUUCAUUUCGCUUUCAGUUGAAAUGUUCCAACCUGUCAAUGUGAUGCAAUACAGCGUGUCACUUUAAAAGCUGAUUCCUUUCGCGCAAUCCAGGGGGCAGGUCUGUUCUGUCCUCUGGGACUACUAGCUGCUAGGCUAAUUGUAUUGUACUACAGUGCUAGUAGCCAGUUAGGGAUGGCCUUGGAGGUUGUGUGUGUGUUGUGCAGGGCUACUCGAGAUGAGGAGACGGAGCGCAGAAUCACAGACGGAGCGAAGGUUUUAUUUAAUCGAAUUUCGACAUGCAACAUUUUUACAAACAGACGCUGCAGUACUAGCUCCAUGCACAUAAAACAAUGGACUUUUAAAAAGCGCCAUCAAUGUUGCUGCGAUCAGCAGGUAGAAGACAGUCGACUGGACGCACGUGGAAUUCUAUCAUCAGCUGGAGGUGUGGAAUGUGGACACUAGCUAUAUUGUGUUCAUGAUGUAUUAAUGAGUCUGCAUGACAACCAAACAAAUAGCCUUUUAUUAAUGGAAUGCAACUUUGUUAAUCAAUGUAUACCUAAUACAAGCGACAACCCGAGGAGAGGAAUAUGGCUUUAGUAUCGCACAAUGAAAUUGACAUCGAUCCAGACUUCGAGCCCCAGAAACGACCUAGGUCUUGUACCUGGCCUCUGCUUCGACCAGAGUCCAACACAGGGAAGCCCGAAUCGAACGAUGACAUCAUCCAUGAAGACGAGGAGGAUGACGUCACAGCGCCCAGCAUCUCUAGCUCCACUCCUGUCAACAAUGUGAAUGGUGGCAUAACUAUACCCCAGAUCACAAAUAACUCUUCUAAACACCAAAAUAUCACCACUACCACUAAGAAAGAAGUACUAACCCCAACCUCCAAAGAGGAAGGGAAUAAUGUUGAUGGGUCCCCCAGGUCCUUACAGACGCAUGCUGUCUCAGCUCUCAACGGCCUGGCCUCCCAACCUAGGAAGUCCUCAGCUCGGAGGAAUGCCUGGGGGAACUACUCCUAUGCGGACCUCAUCACCCAGGCCAUAGAGAGCUCCCCGGACCAGAGGCUGACGUUAUCCCAGAUCUAUGAGUGGAUGGUGAGGUCCGUCACUUACUUCAACGACAAAGGGGACAGCAACAGCUCUGCAGGCUGGAAGAACUCCAUCCGACACAACCUCUCUCUCCACAGUCGUUUCAUGCGGGUGCAGAAUGAAGGAACGGGGAAGAGUUCCUGGUGGAUGGUCAACCCUGAGGGUGGGAAAGGUGGGAAAGCUCCACGACGACGGGCCGUAUCCAUGGACAACAGCAACAAGCUGAUCAAAGGUGCUCGAGGCCGCGCCGCCAAGAAGAAGGCAGCUCUAGGCCUACAGGCCGUCCAAGAUGGCAGCUCCGAGAGUUUAUCCUUAUCUUCUAGCUUGUCCAGGUGGACAGGAAGUCCCACGUCCCGCAGCAGCGACGAACUGGACACCUGGACGGACUUCAGGUCUCGUACCAACUCCAACGCCAGCACGGUCAGUGGGCGCCUCUCCCCUAUCCUGGCCAACCCAGAGCUGGACGAGGCUCUGGAUGAAGACUCCAUCUCUCCCCUCUCCCCCAUGCUCUACUCCAGUCCCAGCAGUAUGUCCCCAUCCACCGGCCCCCUAGGUCUGGCCGACAUUGCCCUUACCAUGAACCUCAAUGACGGUCUCCCUGACCACCUGAUGGGCGACCUUCUUGACAACAUCAGCCUGACUGCGUCCCAGCAGCCCCAGGGGCAGGAAGUGGAGAGCAGAGGAAGCAAUCAGACGGGGAGCUCAGUGUUUACAUUCACGUGUCCAGGAAGCAGUAGUAGUCUGGGCGUCCCAUCCUCCGGCAGCUUCGGCACUCCCAGCACCAUCUUCCAGCUCAGCCCCCCGUCCUCCUCAGUGGCCUCCCUACGUCAGUCCCCAAUGCAGACCAUCCAGGAGAACCACCAAGCUUCCUUCUCAUGCCUGUCCUCUCGUUUCAACAACCACCACACCCUGCAGGACCUGCUGAACCUGGAGACCGGUGGCAGCCAUGUCAGCGACGUCAUGCUCACACACUCUGACCCGCUGAUGUCACAAGCCAGCGUCUCCGUCACUUUGUCCCAGAAUUCCCGGCGGAAUGCCAUGCUUCUCCGCAAGGACCCUAUGAUGUCAUCAAACCGGGACUGUGCUGCAGGUCCGAAUUCCCAGACUUCCUCAGUGCCCUGUUGGUGGGCUCAGACUGGCUUGUCAACACCUAACAAUGAAGUCUUGUGCUCAAGCAAUGAAUUGGCCCAGCAGGCCAAGCAGCUUCUCCAGCACCUUCCGUCUCCCAGUAGAAACUCUUCUAUGCAGCUUGGUGGCUCUGGUACCAACAACAGCAGAUCUGGAAGCAUGUUGCAGUUGAAUGCUCAGGACCGCUUCCCAAUCCCUGCAGACCUUGAUCUGGAGGUGUUCAACAGCAGCCUGGACUGUGACAUGGAGACUACCAUGCGUAAUGAGCCGAUGGACGCUGACUGCCUUGACUUCAGCUUUGACGACUCUCACCUGCUCUCUGGCGCUCAGACCACUAAUAGUUUAAGUACAGCAGGGGGAUUCUCCAGCUCCAAACAAACCUCUUCUUCCCAAAGCUGGGUUCCAAGCUAGCUGGCGUACUGUCUCAGAACAGUGUCAGGGUUGGGGUCAGUUCGAUUUCAGUCAAUUCAAUGGAAUCUCAGUGUACUUGCUGAAUUGACUGAAUUGAAAUGGAAUUGACCCCAACCCUGAUCAGUAUAGAGAGUGAUCAUUGCAGGUGAGCUUUCACGACUCAUGGAUAGUGUGCAACGUGUAGUAGGGCUAAGUUUUUAUUAUCAGGCAUUACAUAUUUAGAACUGCAUUUUUAAAAAUUGUCUACAAGAUGGAGAUGAGCUUCUUGUACACGAAACCAUGGUCCAAAAAAGGAGGCUUGAGUCAGAUUUCAAGGCAUGUAUUCACAAACCGUCUGCCAGUAGAAGUGCUGAUCUAGGACCAGGUCCUCCCUCUCAUAUUCAUUGUGAUCUGAAAGGCGAAACUGACGUUAGAUUAGCACUCGUACUCUGAGGCUCUUUGUGAAUACAUGGCCUGGACUGUAGAGGUGUGUGUAGUCUCUGUGUUGGGAGCUGGGACAAUGACCAUCAGUGUUAUCAGUGGGAUUUUAGAUGUAGACGUGAAAUAGACACUUCUUUUAAGUCUCAGGGAUUUAUCCUUAUGCGGUGAAUUGUAAACACAGACAUACAAAUUAAACUUGUUUUACCCUGCUUCCCAUGUCAUAAUUCUUAACCAUACAUGAACCAACACAAUAUUUUUACCAAACCAUCCGUCAGUUCAGCGGUUGACUGCCUGUUUACAUCUAUGAAGCUCCAGCGAAUGUUACCUUUUAUUUUGUAGAUACUUGGUGUUUUUGAAACGUCUUAUAUCAGUGCACCAUUCCAUACACCUAUAUCAUAAAUCAUGGUUUAUAAAUGUGUAAUAUUAAAGUCCAAGGUAAUCCACAUGGUGUGAAUUGUACUGUAUGUAACUUUUGUUAAUUUUCAUCAGUGAUUUUGGUAUUCAAUACUCCCGUGAUAAACCCUGAAAAGAACGUUAUGAAAAAGGAUGACAUGUUUCUGCUUGUGAAGUUGCAAUGUCCGACUGCGCUAUAACACGGCCUGUAUUCAAUAAAGCAUGUCAGAGUAGGAGGGCUGAUACAGCAUCAGUUUUGUCUUCUAGAUCAUCGUAAAUAUGAUUCUAUGAACGGGGGACCUGAUCCUAGAUCAACACUCCUACUCAUGAAUGAGGGC